CACGUGAAAAUUUGGGGGUCGUCUGUUUGUUUGUUGAUUUCUCGAAGAAACAGCUGUCUAGUCAUGUCUGAUUUAGUAGUUUUCUAGCUCAAUGAAUCGUAUUCAAUAUGGACGACUGGCAAAUUUGCCCACGAUGUAAGACGACCAAGUACCGUAAUCCGAAAUUGAAGUUGCUGGUGAAUGUUUGCGGACACAAACUGUAAGUCCUCAAGUCAUAAAAUAUUCUGUCGGGGUCGAUACAAUUGGCUGAGAAAGUAUACUCCUAAACCAAAAGAAAAGAAUAUAGGAUUCCAGCUUAGUUUCUUUCAUUUUAAUGUAAAGGUUUUCUUGAUUCAUGGAGAUCUAACAUUGCCAAAAUUAAUUAUGCGUUUAGUCUCUUGAGAUCUAUUUAUGUAAACUCAAAGUAUUACCAAAGGGGAAAGGGUCUCAGCCCUCAAAAAUAUCAACACAGUGUUGUCGUAUAAGGGGAGGCAAAUUGCAGAGUAUCCAUGCUUCGAUAAGUCAGUGAGUCACCUCUUUUAAGACUUGACAGCACCACUCUGUUCUACACUCUUUACACCGUUCCACUGUUCCAUAUAUCAUAUACUGUGCCACCGUUCCAGCAUACUCUUCCACACUGCUCAGACUGUUCCAUCAUACUGUUCUUCUGUUCCAACAUACUGUUCCACUAUUCUACCAUACUGUUCCAAUGUACCACCACACUGUUCCUCUGUUCCACAACACUGCUCCACACUGAUCACACUGUUCAAUCACACUGUUCCUUUGUUCCACCAUAUUGUUCCGCUAUUCCACCACACUGUUCGACCACACUGCUCACAUUGUUCCUCCACACUGUUCAGCAACACUGUUCCACCAAACUGUUCCACUGUUCCACUGUUCCAAAAUACUGUUCCACACUGUUCCACCAUAUUGUUCCACACUGUUUGACCACACUGUUCCUCUGUUCCACCAUACUUUUCCAAUGUUCCACCACACUGUUCCACACUGCUCCUCUCUUCCACCACACAGUUCCACUGUUCCACAACACUGCUCCAAUGUUCCACCACACUGUCGCACACCGCUCACACUGUUGCACCACACUGUUCCACUGUUGCUCUGUUCCACCAUACCGGUCUACACUGUUCCACCACACUGUGCCACGCUCCUCUACUAUUCCACCAUGCUGUUCCACACUGUUCCACCACACUGUUACACUGAUCCACCAUAUUGUUCCAGUGUUCCACCAUACCAUUUCACACUGUUCUACCACACUGUUUCACUGUUCCACCAUACUGUUCCACACUGUACCACCACACUCUGUCACACUAUUCCACUGUUCCACCACACUGUUCCACACUGUUCCACUGUUCCACCAUACCAUUCCACAUUGUUCCACCAUACUGUUACACUAUUCCACCAUACUGUUCCACUGUUCCGCCAUACUGUUCUACUUUUCCACCACACCAUUCCAAUGUUCCACCAUACCGUUACACACUGUUCCACCACACUGUUCCACUGUUCCACCACACUGUUCCACACUGUUCCGCCACACUGUACCACAUUGUGCCACACUGUUCCACCAUGCUGUUCCACACUGUUCCCCCAUACUGUUCCACUGUUCCAUACUGUUCCACACUGUUCUUCCACACUGUUCCACCUCACUGUUCCACUGUUACAACAUACUGUUCCACACUGUUCCACCAUACUGUUCCACACUGUUUGACCACACUGUUCCAUCCACACUGUUCCCCCAUACUGUUCCACUGUUCCAUACUGUUCCACACUGUUCUCCCACACUGUUCCACCACACUGUUCCACUGUUACAACAUACUGUUCCAUUGUUCCACCACACUGUCUCACACCGCUCACACUGUUCCACCACACUGUUCCACUGUUGCUCUGUUCCACCACACUCUUCCACACUCUUCCACCACACUGUCCCACUGUUCCAACAUACUGUUCCACACUUUUCCAUCAUACCAUUCCCCACUGUUCCACCAUACCGUUCCACACUGUUCCACCACACUGUUUCACACUGCUCCUCUCUUCCGCCACACUGUUCCACUGUUCCACAACACUGUUCCAAUGUUCCACCACAGUGUCCCACACUGAUCACACUGUUCCACUGUUGCUCUGUUCCACCACACUCUUCCACACUUUUCCACCACACUGUCCCACUGUUCCAACAUACCGUUCCAUACUGUUCCACCAUACCAUUCCACACUCUUCCACCAUACCAUUCCACACUGUUCCACCAUACCGUUCCACACUGUUCCACCACACUGUUCCACACUGCUCCUCUCUUCUCCCACACUGUUCCACUGUUCCACAACACUGUUCCAAUGUUCCACCACACUGUCUCACACCGCUCACACUGUUCCACUGUUGCUCUGUUCCACCACACUCUUCCACACUGUUCCACCACACUGUUUCACUGUUCCACCAUACCGUUCCACACUGUUCCACCAUACCAUUCCUCACUGUUCCACCACAAUGUUCCACUGUUCCACCGUAUUGUUCAAGUCUUCCACCAUCCCAUUUCACUGUUCUACCACACUGUUUCACUGUUCCACCAUACUGUUCCACACUGUUCCACCACACUCUGCCACACUGUUCCACUGUUCCACCACGCUGUUCCACACUGUUCCACUGUUUCACCAUACCAUUCCACACUGUUCCACCACACUGUGCCACACUCUUCAACCACGCUGUUCCACACUGUUCCACCACACUGUUCCCCUGUUACACUGUUCCACCAUACCAUUCCACUGUUCCACCAUACUGUUCUACUGUUCCACCACACUGUUCCAAUGUUUCACCAUACCGUUCCACACUGUUCCACCACUGUUCCACCAUACUGCUCCACACUGUUCCACCACACUGUUCCAUCGUGCUGUUCCACACUGUUCCCCCAUACUGUUCCACUGUUCCACACUGUUCCACCACACUGAUCCACUGUUCCACCACAGCGUUCCACACUGUUAUACCAUACCAUUCCACACUGUUCCACCACACUGUUCCACUUUUCCACCAUACCAUUCCACACUGUUCCACCACACUCUGCCAUGCUGUUCCACUGUUCCACCAUGCUGUUCCACACUGUUCCACCUCACUGUUCCAGUGUUCCACCAUAUUGUUCCAGUGUUCCACCAUACCAUUUCACACUGUUCAACCAUACUGUUUCACUGUUCCACCAUACUGUUCCACUGUUCCAGCAUACUGUUCUAUUGUUCCACAACACCGUUCCAAUGUUCCACCAUACCGUUCCACACUGUUCCACCACACUGUGCCACAUUGUGCCACACUGUUCCACCAUGCUGUUCCACACUGUUCCACCUUACUGUUCCACUGUUCCACCACACUAUUCCACUGUUCCACCAUGCUGUUACACUAUCCCACUCUGCUGUUCUACUGUUGCACCACACCAUUUCACUGUUCCACCAUUCCAUUUCACACUGUUCCACCACACUGUUUCACAGUUCCACCAUACUGUUCCACACUGUUCCAUUAAACUGUGCCACACUUUGCUACCAUGCUGUUUCACCAUACCAUUCCGCACUGUUCCACAUUGUGCCACACUGUUUCACCAUUCUGUUUCACUGUUCCACUGUUCCACUGCUCCACCAUACCGUUCGACACUGUUCUACCAAACUGUGCCACACUGUUCCACCAUGCUGUUCCACAGUGUUCUAUCACACUGUUCCACUGUUCCACCAUAGUGUUCCACUCUCUCAGUGUUCCACCACACUGUCCACACUGCUCCUCUCUUCCACCACACUGUUCCACUUUUCCACAACACACUUUCAAAUUUCCACCACAAUGUUCCACUGUUGCUGUGUUCCUCCACACUGUUCCACACUGUUUCACUACUGUUCCACUGUUCCACCGCACUGUUCCACCACACCGUUCCACUGUUCCACCAGACUGUUUCACUGUUCCACCAUACUGUUCCACCGUUCCACCACAUUGUUCCAUUGUUCCACCAUGCCGUUCCACACUUUUCCACUACACUGUUCCAUUGUUCCACAAUGCCGUUCCACACUUUUCCACCACAUUGUUCCACUGUUCCACCAAACUGGAUUACAGUGUUCCACUAUACUGUGCCACUGUUCCACCACACUGUUCCACCAUGCCAUCCCACAGUGUCCACCACACUCUUCUGUUCCACUGUUCCACCUUGCUGUUCCACACUGUUCUACUGUUCCACCAUACUGUUCCACCACACCGUUCCACUGUUCUACCAUACCGUUUCACACUGUUCCACCACACUGUUCCACUUGUCCACCAUAUUGUUCCACACUGUUCCACCACACUGUGCCACAUUGUGCCACACUGUUCCACUGUUCCACCAUGCUGUUCCACUCUUUUCCACCUCACGGUGCCACACUGUUCUACCACAUUGUUCCACACUGUUCCACUUGUGGACCACACUGGUCCAUACCGUUCCACACUGUCCCACACUGUUCCACCAUACUGUUCCACACUGUCCCACCAUACUGUUCCACACUGUUUCACCAUACUGUUCUACACUGUUCCACCACACUGUGCCACACUGUUUCACUGUUCCAUUGUUCCACCAUACUGUGCCACUCUGGUUCACUGAUCCACCAUACUGUUUCACUGAUCCACCACUUUGUUCCACACUGUUGCACUGUUCCACCACACUGGGCCACACUGAUCCACUGUUCCACCAUACUGUUCCAUAGUGUUCUACACUGUUCUUCCACACUGUUCCAUUGUUCCACCACACUGUUCCACUGUCCCACUGUUCCACCACACUGUUCGACCACACUGCUCCACUGUACCACCUUCCUGUUCUACCACACUCUUCCACACUGUUCUACUGUUCCACCACAUUAUUUUACACUGUUCCACUGUUCCACCAUACUGUUCCACACUGUUCCACCACAUUGUUUCAUGCUGUUCCACUGUCGCACCACACUGGACCAUACUGUUCCACACUGUUUCCACCAUACUGUUACAUUGUUCUACGACUGUGCCACACUGUUUUACUGUUCCACAUUGUUCCAUCACAUUGUUCCACACUGUUUCAUCGUUCCACCAUACUAUUCCACUUUUCCAUCAGACUGCCGUACGCCACACUGUUCCCCUGUUCCGCCAUAUUGUUCCAUACUUUUCCACACUGUUCCACUUUUCAGUUGUUCCACCACACUUUUUCACUUUUUUACACUGUUCCACUAUUUCACCAUACAGUUUCACACUGUUUCACCACACUUUUCCACAAUGUCCCGCUGUUUCACCAUUCUCUUCCACACUGUUCUACACUGUUCCACUGGUCUAUUGUUCCACCACACUGUUUCACUGUCCCACUCUUCCACCGGCCUUUUUCCACACUGUUCCACCAUACUGUUCAAAACUGUUCCACUAUACUGUUCCACAAUGUUCGACCACACUUCUCCACUGUUCCACCCAGGGCGGAUAAAGGUUGUGCGGUCAAACUAGCACUCUAUUUUCUUUCUGUAAUUUCAGGCUAACAAUAUUAAAUACGUAAAUUCGUUUCAUAACAGUAUUAAACAAAGCAGUUUCAUGUGUUUAUGUGUGUAUGCCUAUAAGUGAAACUUGUUGGUCGUAUAACGCCAAAAUUUGAGUUUAAUUUGAAAGUAUCGAAUGCCUCCUCCUUCCACUAAAUAUGACCUAAUCGUCCUUGGCCGUUUUAUUUAUAAAAGCUUAACACUUCUCAAACUUAAUUUUUGCAGAUGUUAAAGGGGGAUAAAUUGUAUAUAACAUAACGAAAAAUUAGCUGGAUAUAUUUAGAUAAAGUGGCGUUGUACCUACUUUAAACUUUCCUUCUCGGUUGCAACGCGCCAUGGCGAUUCGUGCAAUGCGUCGCAAAUCCGGCAACCGCAUGUUAACAAAAUUUAUCGAAAGUUAAUUGUAAGCCAGAUUUUCUUCGUUUUCCUCUCGAAAACAAAACAAAGUAAGCAGUAAAAAGUGGGGAAAACUAAUUAUGAAGUUCCGAAGAAACAGAAAGACGUAUGAGAUGUUUUGUGAACAUAAAGGGAAGCGUGAUGUUGAUUUCAAUUAAUUAAGCACAAUUAACCUUGUACGAGUUGCUCGUACUUAUCAAAUACACGUCAUGUAGUUAAGAAACGCCAUCCGCUGUCUUUUAAUACUUUUUCCAUGGAUGAGGUUUUGCUUCGCGUCGGUCAUGGAAGAAACUAGAGGAGCCAUUUUAAUCAGCAACUCCUAAUUUGAUCCCAGUCCACUGCAUGACACCUUUUUGCUCGGACGCGCUCGUUUCACCGCCCAACCUUUAUCCGCUCUGGUUCCACCACACUUUGCCACACUGUUCCGCUGUUCCACACUGUUCCACUGUACUGUUCCACAGUUUUACCGUACUGUUCCUGUUCCACUCUUCUACCUUACUGUUCCACACUGUUCCACCGUACUGUUCCACAAUGAAACUGCAAAAGCGUAAAGUCUCUUGGCCUUAAUGACAACGCCACGAACCAAAUAAGAAUGAAGAUUUAUUGAGUGCACAUACAAACGGCGUGGGUUGAAACUAAAACGGUAAAAGAGUAAAAAAGUUACAAGUUGCGACUAAAGUAAAUAAGAGUAAAGAAAUAACAAAACUGCAAAACGAGGACUGUGAAAUACACUUACAUUGUUUCGGCCAGAGAAAACUGCUGAAGCGGACUGCGAAUAACGCGAAGCUAGGGACUAGCAAGAACUAAAACAGAACUGCGCUAAGCGCGAACCAAAAAUGAACUGCCCAAACUGUACUGCAAAAUUACGAUAUAUGAAAAAUACGCUAGAACAUGCGGAAAAUAAAACUAUAGAAACUUAGAAAGGCGCUAAUGAAGAUGAAACAACAAAGAAACGCUAACGAGGGCGCGAAAACUGACAAAAAGGAAUAAACACCUAAAUUAACGCAAAAAAAAAGACUAAACAAAAGGACGAAAAGAAGUGUAAACUAAUUUGCGUACGCAAAGGAAAAACAAAUUACACAAGAACGAAUAAUGGGAAAAAUGUUACACUUGGAUCUUACAUACCGGCCCCAUAAGUGAGGAGCACACGCGAGGCACUUAAAUUAAACAAUUAAAGAUCUAAGUGUCUUUCUAAGAGUUCUUAAUGUUCUCUUCUCCUGAAUUCAGAAAAUUGCACAGAAAAUAACUCCAAAGGGAAAGUUCAAGCUUCUAUCAGCAAGCAAAGUUUGUCAAUUGGCCUCUCCAAAACUGCUCCUUUUACUUUCACCCUGGUACGGCGCACCAAACCUUUCUUGUCGGCGAAGACUUCUACCACUCUACCAAGGGGCCAUGAAUUGCGAGGGGAAUUUUCCGCGCUCACUAGAACAAUAUCCCCAACGGCCAGGUUCCUGCGAAUCGUCGUCCAUUUCUGCCUACUUUGGAGCAGAGGCAAGUACUCCUUAGACCAUCUCUUCCAAAAGAUAUCUGCGAGAUAUUGCACUUGUCUCCAUCUGCGUCGAGAGAAGGAGUCUUCCUUAUGGAAUAACCCAGGGGGCAUCUGAGGCUCCGAGCGUAAAAGAAGCAAAUGGUUUGGUGGAAGGGGCUCCGGAUCAUUGGGGUCACCUGAAGCAGUGGUGAUUGGACGACCAUUAAUAAUGCUUUCCACUUCGCAUAGGAGGGUGACUAAACCUUCGUCGUCAACAGCUUGAGUUUGAAGCAAAGCUCGAAGGACCUUGCGCGUUGUUCGAAUGCAGCGCUCCCAAACACCUCCAUAAUGGGAGCCAUAGGGGGGAUUGAAGUUCCACUUGAUCCCCCUUCUGAAGUAGAGCUUCGUGAAUCUUGUUGAGAUUCCAUGCGUUGAUGGAUUCCCUGAGCUCCCUCUCUCCGCCGGUGAAAUUGGUGCCAUUAUCGGAUCUGAUCUCCUUUACCUGGCCCCUCCUUGCUAUAAACCGUCUGAGCGCCAUCAGGAAAGAAUCAGUUUCCAAACUGUACGCCACUUCAAUGUGUACUGCGCGGAUAGAAAGACACGUGAAAAUGACCCCAUAUCUUUUCACAAGACUUCGCCCACGGCGUACCUGAAGAGGACCAAAACAAUCAAUGCCGACAGAUGUAAAAGGUGUCUGACCUGGGGUAACACGAUCCACGGGAAGGUCAGCCAUUUUCUGCUCACAGAACGGGCCUUGACGCCGCCGGCAACUAAAACAUUUCGAAAGAACUUUCCUGACAACAGAACUUGCGUUUACGAUCCAAAACUUCUCGCGCGCAAGACUGAUAACGUACUCUCUUCCAGAGUGACCGGAGAUCUGGUGGUAAUAUUCUACUACAAGGUUGGUCACGUGAUCCUUCUUGGGCAAAAUAAUCUGAUGUUUGGCCUCAAAUGCAGUGGACGCUAAACUUAACCUCCCACCGACACGUAAGACGCCGUUCACUAAGAUUGGAUCCAGACUUCGAAGGCUGCUGCUUUUCUUGACUUGCGUACCGUUUUCAGACUUGCUUAACAGCUCAAGCUCAUCCGGAAAAUUAGCUCCGCGAUCUCCAACUCCGUAACGGUAAUUGGUGGUAAAAAAAGGAUGGGAGUUGAAUGGAUCGGCUCUCUCGAUUUUCCGCGUUUACUUAACCUUUGCAAGUUUCCACGGUACCGUAAAAACCAUGCAACUGACUUCUUCAAUCGGUGCCAGGAAGACGCGCGUUGAAAGCACUCAACCAAAGGAUGCUCCGACUCGGAAACAGAGGCGUGACAAACCUUAUAAACCAUUUCACUUCCGGGUCUCCGUCUUGAAGACAUUCAAGUGAUGAGGGGUUCCUAGGCCAAUCUUCUUCUGACUUCCAGAGAAACUCCGGCCCCAGUAACCAUCUUUGGCAGCUCAACAAUGCAUUGGCAGUCAACGCUCUUGAAGCGCAAUCUCCAGGAUUCGCUACACCUUCCACAUAGCGCCAUUGAUCUGGACUUGAGCCCUCUCGUAGCACGGCAACCCGAUUGGCAACAAACGAGUGGAACCGCGUACUUUCGUUCUUCACAUAACGAAGCACUGACAUGCUGUCUGACCAAAACACGGAUUCGCAAUUAGGAGGCAUCUCCAGCUCUUCCUUGAGCAUCUUGUCUUGUCGCACAGAAACGGUUGCGGCCGAGAGCUCUAAACGAGGAAUAGAAAUAGCUUUCAAAGGAGCAACGCGUGAUUUUCCAAACAGGAAGGAACAAUGAACUCGGUCCUCAUGGCUAACCAGUCGAAGGUAAGUCACUGAACCAUAAGCAGCUUCUGAUGCAUCAGAGAAGUGAUGCAGCUGACUGGAUUAAACGGGACCAAAAUCCUCUGGCUUUAAACAGCGACUCACAGCAAACUCCGAGAGCUUUGGAACAUCUGCUAGCCAAUUUUCCCAACGUGCAGCGUACUCAGUCGGGAUCUCGUCAUCCCAUCCUAGCUUAAUGCGACAAAGAUCUUGAAGGAUUUCCUUCGCGGUCAGAACGAACGGCACUCGCUAGAGCACUCGCUAGAGACAAGAUACCCCUACGCGUUGGUGGACGGGAGCUAAUGUUGACUUUGAAGCGGAACGAGUCGGAUUCUACACACCAUUGAACUCCUAGGGCUCGCUGAACAGGCAAUUCGUCCUUCCUUAUGUCCAUGUCCUUGAUGUCCUUUGCUCGCUCCUUCUCAGCGAUGGCUUGCAGAACACCACGGCUAUUGCUGACCCAUUUGGUUAGCUUGAAACCACCACGUGAUAGUAAAGUGCAUAAACUGCCAACAUGCUCAACGGCUUUCUGCUCGCCAGGGAGGGACUUCAAACAAUCGUCAACAUAAAAGUUUCUUUUGACUGUGUUAAUGACGUCAGGAGGGAAACUGUGACGGUUAUCUUCUGCUGUCUUGCGGAGUGCGAGAUUUGCGCAAGCCGGUGAUGAAAUGGCUCCAAAUAAGUGAACGACCAUCUGAUAUUCUUGUAAUUCGCUCGCCAUGUUGCCAUCCUGCCACCAAAGAAAACGCAGAAAGGAACUGUCAGGAUCGGGAACUCUCACUUGGUGGAACAUGGACUCUAUGUCCGCCAUAACGGCCACUUUCUCUUCACGAAACCUCAACAGGACUCCUACAAGCGAACUGGUUAGGUCCGGGCCCUUGUACAGCAUGUCAUUGAGAGACUUUCCCAUAAAUUUGGCCGAACAGUCAAACACGACGCGGAUCUUCCCUGGCUUGCGAGGGUGGUAAACACCAUGGUGCGGUAUGUACCAGGCGGUGCCCUUCGCGGGGCUCUUCUGAUCAGGGGACACUUUGCGUGCAUAUCCUUUGGAGAGAAUGUCUUCCAUAAAGGCCUUAUAAUCUUGGUACAACUUCGGGUCUCUUUCCAGCCUUUUCUUCAACCAAAUGGCGCGCUGCCAGGCCUGAGCCUUGUUGCUAGGUACAGGCGUUUGGCGAUCCUUAAACGGUAAAGAGAUUUGAUAAUGCCCGUUUGUCAACUCCACCGUCUGUUCGGCGAUUUGCAUAAAUCUACGUUCGUCUUGAGACAUCUCUGUCUUGCUAUCAACGGUGGGAUCGGUAAAAUCGCGAUUGUAGAAGUCUUCUAUCAUCUGUUGGAGCCGGUGAUCGACUUUAGCAACAAAAGUGGAUGACCGUGAACUAUGGUGACGACGGCCUAAGGGACCAUUUACCGCCCAGCCGAUUCGAGUUCUUGAAGCAUAAGGACCACCGUCUUGACUGUGUUUGACAUCAAGUGGAUCGAGAGCCCUGGGAACGUCACUAGCAAUCAAAAGGCCAACCUCAGCGUUGAGACGAGGCAGAAAAACUCCUUGCAAGUGGGGCCACUGAUCAACGUCGUCCUGAGUUGGAAUGUCGCUGCUGGACACAGGAAUCUCCGGCCUGGUGUAAAGGGUCGGGAGGCUAAUCCACUCGUUCUCGUCCAAAUCGGAUACAAGAAGAUCGCGAACCAGGAAGCUGUUGGUGAUGCUGUUUUUCUUCUCAAGAGUAGACAGGGAUAUCUUAACUUGCUGACCAUUAAUCCCGAGCUGCUUCAUUAGCGAUUCAGUACAGAAACUGGAGUUACUUCCGUUAUCCAAGAAGGCGCAGGUGAUGACGCUCUUAUGACUAUCUUUCGCUCUUACUCUGACUGGUAUUAUGGCCAUGCCUGUCCUACGACCCUCUCCUGAAGUCUCACUGUUGGCACUGGUGCCCGUUUUUACCAUGUGACUACAAACUUGAGUGCUGAUUACGUCUUCCGUACCCACUCCAACGUCGACAGCUGGUCUCUCACGAGGGCUUGUAUGUAAAACAGCAGGAUGCCGACCUUUACAGUUCGCAAUCUUGCAAUUUUUCCUCUGCGGGCAAAACUUUGCGACGUGUUCGGUGGAUAAACAUCCAAAGCACAGCUUUUUGGACAACAGGAAUUGAAUUCUCUCUUGGUAGGGUUUCCACCGCAAUGACUGACAAUCCUCAAGGGCGUGGUUUCUGCUACAAUAGAGACACCGAUUUCUCCCUUGUGAGGGGUCCUGAUCGAUUCCAGAUGGCUGAACCUUACGAGUCUGAGGUCUCUGCUCUCCAUCGGCGCGUCGACUUGGCUCCUUUACACCCUGCGGAACCGUUUCACUGGUAUGACCUUCACUAUCGCCUACAUGUGUUAAGAGACUGAGAUUCUUGGGAUUGGAUGUCCUGCCACCAGAGGACCGCUGACCAGGCGCCGAUCUUACGGUAUCGGAUAUCUUGCCAAAGACUGGGUUGGUUAGUAUUCUUGCUUCGCGAUCAACAAAGGCAACGAAGUCACUGAACUGUACUGGCCUUAACUGUCUGUCCAUGAUGUCAUCAGCUAAGCGACGCCAUCUUUCUCUCAUGCUGUAAGGAAUCUUGAGCACCAACUUUUGAAUGUUUGCUGGCUGAUCAAACUUAGAAAUGUACUGGCUACCUGCCAAUGCGUUCUUGCAACUUGCGAGAAAGACUGAAAAACGAUUCAAAGCCACACCAUCUUCUGCCUUUAUGCUCGGCCAGUCCAGGGCCUUCGUCUCGUAAGCGGAUGCUAUGCGAUAAUCGUCACCAUACUUCCUUCUCAAAAGCCUACGAGCCUCGUCAUAACCUUCUUCCGCUGGUAAAUGAUGACAGGAUCUUACAAGUUCCUUAACGUCCCUUGCGGUGAACUGCUCAAGGUAAUAGAGUCUAUCAGUACUGCUAAAUGUUCUGGAUUCAACCAAAUUUUCAAAAGCGCGAACGAAGGUGCGGUACUCAAUAGGGUUUCCGUCAAACACAGGAACACGGGGCUGCGGAAGUUUGUUCCUAUUCUGAUUAUGCGCUAGCAAUUCCGCUAUUCUAUUCUGCUGAAACUGAAGAGCAGUCUGUUGCCGCUGCAAACCAAUCGUUUCCUUUCUCAGAUCCUCGCCGACUGUACACGCUUGAUAAUCAAACUGGCCGUAAGGAACAGAAUCCAUGGACACCCCCUGGCCUGGGUGAUGCACCUCGCCUGGAAAAGACCUUUUCGCGCGGGGGCUGGUACGAGGGGGAUCCUGAUCCUGGAGCUCUGUCUCCAAUUUUAAAGGCUUCACCUCCGGUAGAGAAGGGGAGGUCAUUGCUGCGUAGACCCUCUCCUUAGCUGUUGUCUUGACCAUUUCGGCUUCGAGGUUAAGGCGUAAUUCUUCCUGCUGUAAACGAAACUUUUUCUCUUCGAGUGUUUGGCGCUUUUCGAGCAUAGAAAUUUCAGCUUUUAACUCGGCAAUUCUUGCGGCUUCUUUGGCUCUCGCGGCUGCAACUGAUGAAGCACGACCACCACGUGAACUUGCUCGACUUGAAUGUUUUGAAACCUUGGAAGCACCUGAAGGAAUUGGUGUGCCAGCACAACUAAUUGAAUCCUCGGGAUUCACUGCCGAAUCUACUUGAAGCGAUUCUGCUAACAACUUGUGUUCAAUGUUAAUUAUCCAAUCGACGAUCUCCUGACGGAACACACGAACCUUUCUCUCUUUGUCUUCAAGAUAGCGUUGACCCUCAAUAAUGGCGUCCUCAUCCAGAAUUUCUUCGACGUAAUCGCGAUGGGCCUCUUUAAAUCUUUCAAAGGCGUUGUCGAAGUAAGGAAGCUUCUCUUUAACCUCCUGAAGAUUAUGAUUACCAGUAAGCAAGCCAGAAAUUUCAUUGGAAAUGGCGGUUACGGUAGAUAGGUGACCAGAACUUGAAUUUCUUUAAACGAAGUGUUUCCAGGUUAGACGCUUCAAAAUCCAGCGAACGGUUUGGUUGUCGUACGCGUGUUCCAACUCGCCGGGCGACGGGAUCUGUAAGCUGUUUGCGGCUAAACCUCAUGACGAAACGACAUGUCACCAACAAUUUUCAACGAUGAAACUGCAAAAGCGUAAAGUCUCUUGGCCUUAAUGACAACGCCACGAACCAAAUAAGAAAGAAGAUUUAUUGAGUGCACAUACAAACAGCGUGGGUUGAAACUAAAACGGUAAAAGAGUAAAAAAGUUACAAGUUGCGACUAAAGUAAAUAAGAGUAAAGAAAUAACAAAACUGCAAAACGAGGACUGUGAAAUACACUUACAUUGUUUCGACCAGAGAAAACUGCUGAAGCGGACUGCGAAUAACGCGAAGCUAGGGACUAGCAAGAACUAAACCAGAACUGCGCUAAGCGCGAACCAAAAAUGAACUGCCCAAACUGUACUGCAAAAUUACGAUAUAUGAAUAAUACGCUAGAACAUGCGGAAAAUAAAACUAUAGAAACUUAGAAAGGCGCUAAUGAAGAUGAAACAACAAAGAAACGCUAACGAGGGCGCGAAAACUGACAAAAAGGAAUAAACACCUAAAUUAACGCAAAAAAAAAGACUAAACAAAAGGACGAAAAGAAGUGUAAACUAAUUUGCGUACGCAAAGGAAAAACAAAUUACGCAAGAACGAAUAAUAGGAAAAAUGUUACACUUGGAUCUUACACACAAUACUGUUCCACAAUGUUCCACACUGUCCCAAUGUUCCACCACAUUGUUCCACACUGUUCCACUGUUCCACCACACAGUUCCACUGUUUUACCAUACUGUUCCACACUGUCCCACACUGUUCCAUACUAUUAUUCCAUACUAUUUCUUGCCAUGGUGCUUUGCUGCGAGCGCUUCGUGUGAUAGAGAGCUCUGCUAUGAGCUAAUAACUUUAGUUCUUAGAGAUUAUUUAAUAAGAACCAAUUUGCUUGAGCUUCCAAAUGGCUGUUUCCAAAUGAGUGUUUUGAGUUGUUUAUUAAACCAAGUAAUCAAAUAAUCUUGGUAGCAAGAACAUGAUUCUUUUCUAGCUCCUUUAAGCCGGUUUUUUUGCAAAAACCCCAUGAUAGGCAUAAACCAUAGGUAACAGAAGGUAAAACAAUUUUAAGAUAAAAAUAAGCUCUAGUUAAAAGUAUAAAAAUCUCAAAAGAUUUGGUAGUUUCUCUCUGAUGCGUCUUUCUUCAUGUGUUUUUUUUGUUUGUUUCCAUUAUCAUAAUGAUAAUAGUAAUUUUGUCCCCUGUUUUGUUCUGAUAGGUGUGAAAGCUGUGUAGAGACCCUUUUCACACGGCCAUCAGCAGCAUGCCCAGAGUGCAACACAGCUCUAAGGCGAAAUGACUUUAGAAUUCAACAAUUUGAAGAUCUUAUUGUCGAGAAGGAGGUGGACAUAAGGAAAAAGAUUUUGAAGAUGUAAGAAAUAUGUCAAUUCUUUCAAUCAUUAAGUGUGAAAAUAAUUGCGGGCGACAGGAGGAGCCCACAGUCCUAAUCUCCAGGUUGUUAUUACGCAUGCGUCGCAUGUAUAUAGCCAGCGUAAGAUUGGACUUCCACUAAGAAUGUAUGGAAUGCACAGAACGCACAUUGAUCACGCGCGUUUGGACCUUCUAUCACUCGUAAUCUGAUCACGCGUGUUUUGACCAUCUGUCAUGUGAAACGUCCGCAAAGCACAGCGCUGGAGCAAAAGCGUUUUGACCUUCGAUCGUUGUCGCCCGCACUCGGUGACCUUUGGUUAUUACUAGUAAUAAUAUUUUAUAAUUAUGCUGAAAAACAAAUUAUACUCAGACUAUACAUUUUUAUCAGGAUCAGGAUCGAGAGUUGGUACACACACUAUCAAUUAAUUAAUAAUUUGAGGGUUUUACUGAAAUUUGAAGUUGUAAAUAACUGGGAAAAGAGAGUGUCUAGUUUUUCCAGAGUCUCUUAAAUCAUGAAAGUGUUGUAAAAUUAAUAAUUUCCAAUCGUAAAAUCAAAAUGUUGGAAAAUAUAGUUCAGUACAGUAUUCUCAGUGCAGUUGCGUGUACAUAUCAACUCUUAUUUUGUCAUUGCAGCUUAAUAUACAAGCACCAUGUUAUUUUGCUUACUUGUUACUAGUUAUAACAAGCUUGAGGAGGAUUUCCAGACAGCCACUGAUCCCCUAAAAGCCUACAAUGACUACCUGGAGGAAGUAGAGACUAUAAGUAUGAAUAUAAUGUUAAUAGAGACAUGAUUGUUUCCUUUCUGGAUGGCAUGCAUUAUUUUUGUGAUGAGAGAAAAAUAUCAAUAUUGGUCGUUUUUAUGCUAAUAACGCUAGAGUGAUCUGCUGUAAAAACUUGGCGCAUAAAAGUAGAUGAGAACAUUGAAAAAACGCGGGAGUUUUCUAAAAAAAAAGACAAACUAAUUAACUCUGACUCUUCCAACUCGUUUCUGGUCGAGUUGGCCUUAAGUCCCAGUUAAUGGCGUCCCACUUGUAUACUACACACUUUUAACUACUGAGACAUUAAAGUCGUCUGUUGAGUGCGACUAAAGGACACGCUUAGCAGAAGACGUUAAAGUCGUCCGACGUUAAAUGUCUCUGUCAUUUUACCGUUUUUAUACUAGUCAGACUAGUCUAGCAUGUAUGUAUACUUUAACAGUCAGACAUCUCAACCAUAUCACAAUUCAAUUGUUGAACAGGGAUUUGUAUUUAUUGUGAACGAAAAUAACUUGGCAUGCAAUGAGAUGGAUCCUGUACGUGUAGUUCUUGUAGUAAGUUGUAUGCCGGCAUUAUAGACAAUAGUUGAGUAGCGGUAUAUCAUGCGACUUUUUUCCUUUCGUUUGAAGUUUGGAAUCUCGCAAAUGGAGAAGAUGUUGAGGAGACAAAGAAACAAGUAGAGAAAUACAAGAAAGACAAUGAAAAUCUAAUAAGGAAAAAUAAUUUUAAGCUGGUAAGUUUAACCAAUUUCUUUUCACCCACCUUUAAUCUCAUCCACUUACUCACAAUCCGCAGCUCGAGACCCGCACUAUUUACCCGCGACCUGUACUCUUUACCUGCGCCCCACACUACUUACCCGUAACUCGCAUUAUUCACCUGAAACCCGCGCACUGUUUUUAUCUUAUGGUUCUCGCUGUAUUAUUAACUUGCGCCUUAGGCCGCGUUUAUAUGGAGAAAACCUGUCCCGUGUACUGAGAAGGGCUACACUCCCAGCUGAGUCAACUUUAGUGAUAUGAGGAAAAUGCUCUCUAUUUUGCCCGAGGCGACCUACCUAGGUAAGCCAAAGUGUUUACAGCUAUUUCGAGAUAGGUGGUGGGAAAAGGUGCACGCGACAAUCCCGAAAGCUAUGGUGGUUGGUUUUGAAUUUACUGUUCUUCAAAGAAAUUUGAAAGAAUGACACGAGAGGCCAUGGACAUACGUUUGCGAGUGCUAAAGGAAAGCAACAAAAGUAGGUUCAACAGAUACAGUGUCAGGAACAGAGCAUUGAUCAUAUCCCAUAUUACCUUAGGGAAUUGUCGCGUGCACAUUUUUUCUCGACAUCGCUGUAUAUGAAGAAACGUUGGCCCAGUUAGGAGGGUGACCCAACCCACAAAAGCGUGACCCUGCUGAACCAACUUUGUAUUUCUAUUGUGAACAGUCCGCCAAGUUUUGUAACGGAAAUGUAUGGCUCGCCCAGGGUACUCUGUAGCUUAGGUAGGUGGGUGAACCCUCUACCUGGGGAAACAUUUCUUCAUAUACACGUGACCUUAGCCACGCUAUUUGCCGCCAUCCGCGUCAUUUCCUUGCUACAACGGAUAUAGGCAACUCCAGGGUUGCAUUGCUUACUUUUUUCUUUUACUAUCUUUGUUUUGUCAGGGGAGAGAAGAAGCUAUCGUUUUUUCCCAAAUUGAGGAAGAACAAAAACAAGCAGAGCUUCGCCGGGCCCAAGCAGCCUUAUUAGAGAAACAAGAGAAAAAUAACAAGAAGAAAGAAAACGAAGAGUUUCUUGAUAGUCUGGUAACGAAUUUUGCCGAAACAUUUUAUAACUAGUUAUUCGCUUACUGUCGAUUCGUCUACAGUGUACCACUUAAUUGAACUUGUUACUCUUUUUGAAAGAAAUUAAACGUGUUGGUUAUAGGGAAGGUGCUGGCGCUGUAUUCAUCUUUCAAAGAUCUUGUCCCACCUAAGGUUUCAAGCAAACUACAUGUAGUUUGUUAUUUUUUUACCGCAAACCGCGUUCCAAAGAACCCAAUAGACAAGGUCUCUGCAACGAGAAUGAAACAUUAAUUUGAAUUCAAACUUCCUUCAAAGUGAUCCGACCAAAACUGGUAAGAGCGUUAUACGGUAACUUCCUAAACUGAGAAGAGGCGGUUCCAUGUAACGUCAAUUAACCGGCAAUUUGAACCAUAAAAUACUGUGUCCAAUUUUAAUGCAAUCUAGUACUGUUGCACAAUGAGCCAAAUGCCAGAAAAUGGACCUGCACAAUACUCAGUCUUUCUUACCUUAAAAUAAGAGCCUGUGUUCAUCGAAGUUCCAAAUAUAUUUGGGUAUUGCGUUAGUCUUGCCCUAGUUGAAAAUCGCUUCCAUCUACUUUUAGCUUACAUGUAAGGCCAAGGCCAAGCGUGAGAGAGAGAGAGCGGGCGGGGCCUUUUUUAUUAUUAUUUACGAACUUUUUUUAUUGUCAAUUGAAUGCUCCCUUUACAAAUUAUUACCCUUCCAGAAACAAGAGAGAGUUCUUCGGUUAAAUAUUAAUAACUGAGACGUCAGAUAUUGAUUAAACACAUAUUUGGUUUAUAUUAAUGGAUGUUAUAAUUAAGAUGAUGCGUCAUACGAUAUAUUUCAAUAGGUAGAGUGUGUUCAAACCGUCAAAUGAAUAAUUAUAGGAAUCAGUAUUAAUUUAUUUCAUGAAAAGUAAAGCUUGCUACGCGGGCAGUAAUUGGUGCUAAAAGUAGCACCUGCUGGUUUUUGUUCGCUCCACCUUUUCCAAGAGCAAAUACUAACUGGGCCUAAUGAGCCAGUUUUAACUUACAUUUUGUCAUUCUCACGAGCUAACAAUGUAGAUUAUAUUUCUCUUGCAGACCAAAGGGGACCGUCCUCUGGAAGACAUCAUCGCUGAACAUACUAGCAAGUUGCAGAAAAAGUCUUUAUUGUUUUCAGGAAGCAGUACCCAGUUUUCUACAUCAAAGAAGGUAGGUCCUGAAAAGCUUCUAUCAGCAGACGACGAUGGCGACAACUGUAUUAAUAUUUGAUAAGAAAACCGACAACAACUGUGCGAGUGCAUGACGCUUUUUGACACGUCUUUGCCGCCCUUUCUGCAACUACGACCUGGCAUUUGCUUAUACGAAGUUUUCAGACUAUGUAAACGUGAAUCAGACUAUAUGAGCGGCUUCCCGUUGUUCUUAUUCCAUCGAGCGAAAAUGACCAUGCGUACGACUGAAGGUGUGACACGGUAGAGGCGCGCCCGUUUCUUGCUUCUCGUGACGCUCGCGCGCGAGUGUACUUUCCUCACUAAAUCUGAGGCAAAAGAGACUGCUCACUGUCCAAGCGUGCAUAAACAAUUUUGUCUUUUCUUUACAAGUUUGUCCACACAGUUCUAUAUGCAUUACCUUUAGUACUGGUGAGGAGACUUUGUUUAACAAUCAAAAAAUGUUUUAGUUGUUCCUUAUUUUCUCAAAACCUUUAUGAUUGAUUGAGCAGUGUUACUAAGAGGAUAAAUAUGAUGUUGGUCAACUGAAGGGGUUAAAUGGUUGAGCGUAUAAACCAGUAAACGUUAUGCGUUCACGGUUUCCGUCGGUUCUUUUGUGAACGAUAGUUCGUAAAAUAAUAAAAUAUCGUUUGCGCGUGAGAAGAACGUCGUAAAAGCAAGUUUCUUUGCAUAUAUAAACUUUAAAAGACUUGUGUUUGUAUAACUUAUGUUCAGACCCUUUGCAAAGUAGAAUGGCGGUAUGUGAUGAUCUGUCCACCUUGUUUUAAGUCUCAGGAGACGUUCGCUCCCUUACCGUCCUCUGAAGGCCCCGCAUUCGUGUACGUUGCUCCAGAGGUAGUGAACGAUGGACCCACUGCCCCAGGAAUGGAGACUCUUGCUGCAAGAGGGUAAGUUCACAUUAAAAAAUAAUAGUGUCUUUUCAUUGGCCGAGUGGUUAGAGCACUGGCCUUGCAAUUCGAAGGUCCCGGGCUCAAGUCCCACCCUGACCGCUAGCUGGAUAUGUUCACGGUAGUCCCGAGUUCAAAUCCCCGGCCAUGCUUGUAGCCAGUUAGUUUACCUCCGGCCAGCUGGGAUUCUUUGGCCCUGUUAAAUUCAAUGUGGAUUAUUUGUUUCAGGCAUUUGCUCGGCCCUACUAGCAUUAGUGCUAUAAAUACUACCGAGGGUAAAUAAAGGAAUUAUCAUCAUCAUCAUCAUCGUCGUCGUCGUCAUCGACAUCAUCGUCAUCGUUAUUAUUAUUAUUAUUAUUAUUAUUAUUAUUAUUAUUAUUAUUAUUAUUAUCUUUUUUUUUAAGCGAAUUAAUUGUAAAUAGGAUUUUAAUAGUUUUUUUAAAUAAAAUUGUCUAAAUUUUAAUUUAAGAGGGUACUUUUGUAAUUAAUUAAUUUUAUUUUUGUAUCGACAUGCAAAAUAUCUGUUAUUAUGCAAUUAAACUGGGAUAAUACCAUCAGGUAUACUCUACCCACGAGUUUACGGACUUUAUUAUUAUUAUUAUUAUUAUUAUUAUUAUUAUUAUUACUAUUUCUCAAUCACAGGAAGUCACUGCAUUUAUAGAUGUUUAAAGACCUUAAAAUUUUAGCGAACUGAUUCAAUUUCUUCAUUUAAGAAUUCCUGAUCAUUUCAUUUUAUAUUCUGAUGAGCGUUGGACGGUGCCUCGAUAUCGGACAGGGUACAGAAAAUUGACUGGCCCCUCAUGAAAGAGCGUGUCAGACUCAAAUCGUGUGUGCCUUGUCUUAAAUACUUGGUUUGAGUCUGAGGAAUUAUGAAGCUGACGACAUGUCUCGCAACUUUUAGGCUUGGGUAAAACGUUCAACAAAAACGUACUACUUGUUUUGCUGAAAACUAUGUUUCGGGUUUUACCGCCCACGAUCAAACCUUAUUACAACCUGAUUCGUGCAAGACAGGUUUCAUUUGGGUGGUAAAUCGCGCAAUUUGGCGGCUAUUCAACUCGUUUUUUAGCAAUGUUGUAAGACAAGUUGCAUGUGUCUUUUUUGGAUUUGCUGUUUUUUUUUUUUGCUCGCUUUUCCGUACCUUUUACUCGUAUCCGUUUGUUGUGCUGUGUGCUGUAACGUUAUGUUUCUUUGUUUAGGUACCUGAGGCAUGUGCGCAGCCCCACUGAAGGAGAGAAAGCUGGUGGAUACUCAUCUGAAUUAGCCUGUGGAAGAGCUAUUCAAGAAGCGUUCUCAGCACUCCACUUAGGAGUUGAGCUUUAGCCCAAGUUUUUUAUACGAGAUACUUUGUUGAAUAUUUUUUCUACGAUUUGGAAGAUUAUGGGACCAAAUGUAGUGAUUUGUUGCGCCCGGAAUGAAUUAGAAUUACAUCCACUAUUUUGACUCAGACAGUAUCCCAUUUAAGUGCAACUUUUGUGGGAGUACUCCGUACUUGUGGAUGGUAAAUAAUGAGUUUUGUGAGCUGUUGUAAUCGUUCAAUCGGUGUGAAAAUUAAACCUGCCCAACACUAGUCUUUAGUUUUAUAAUAAUAUUGUAUUGUCUUAUUUUGUUCUCGAUAAUGAUCGCGUUAUCAAACUCCGUUGAGUUGAAAAGUGCUGAUUGCUGUUUUACACUUUCACGUUAACAAAAAUGAAAAGAGAAACCGUAACGGCAAUAAAUGAAGUCAAGAAUUCACGCGAUGUCGAAAGGAUGGACGGACUGUAUUGACAUGCCGGAGUUGAAAAUUUUUUUUCUUUCAAUAUCACUUUCAUGAUUUAAUAGAUUUUUUCGUUACUUAUAAUAACUACCAGAUGAGUUUUAGGCAAUAUUAUUUAUUACAAAAUAACUAAGAUAGUACGCGUGCUGUGAUUGGCCGAGAGGCG